GAGGAAGGCAAGGCAUACACACCGACCACAGCAGCAGCAGCAUGAGCAGAAAACUCCACAGCAGGCGGACCUGACCAUCUAGACGCGGCGCUCCGGUGCCUUCUUUACGGUCACCAGAGCUGACAAGCAACGCUAUAUAACCUAAACGAGGAGGACGACCUGGUUUCAGAAACAGCGAGUAAGCUCUUUUCUGCUCUGCGGUUCAACACACUGAUCAGACAUGGUGGACACCCAGCAUCUCCUAGCUUGGCCUGUUGGCUUCAGUCUGAACACAGUGGACUUGCCAGAACUGGACGACAGCCCUCACUGCCUGGACAUGAAACAUUUGUCCACAUCAGACUACGCCUCCAUUUCCUCCUCCUCCAUCCCUUCCUCCCUGUCUCCUCCGCUUCUAUCUUCCAUCUCAUCCGCUGGUAUGGCCUAUGACCUCAGUCCACCACAGAGCGAAGAACACUUCACCAACAUGGACUACACAAACAUGCACAUCUACAGGAUAGAGCCGGACACACACAAUUCAAUCAAGCUAGAGCCAGAGUCGCCUCCGCAAUACUCCGACAGCCCUGCGUUCUCUAAACUUCCAGACGAGGCGUCAGCAACAGCAUUAAACAUCGAGUGUCGUGUGUGUGGGGACAAAGCCUCAGGGUUUCAUUAUGGUGUGCACGCUUGUGAGGGCUGUAAGGGUUUCUUCAGGCGCACAAUCAGGUUAAAGUUGGUUUACGAUCACUGUGAUCUUCACUGUCGCAUUCACAAGAAGUCCCGCAACAAAUGCCAAUACUGUCGUUUCCAGAAGUGCCUCAAUGUUGGCAUGUCACACAACGCUAUUCGUUUUGGACGAAUGCCUCAGGCCGAGAAGGAGAAACUGCUGGCUGAGUUCUCAUCUGACAUGGAGCACAUGCACCCGGAGGCAGCAGAUCUGAGAGCCCUGGCCCGACAUCUGUAUGAAGCCUAUCUGAAAUACUUCCCCCUCACUAAGGCCAAGGCCAGGGCUAUCCUCUCCGGGAAGUCUGGAGACAACAUGCCUUUCGUCAUCCACGACAUGAAGUCUCUAAUGGAAGGAGAGCAGUUUAUUCAUUGCAAGCAGAUACCCGUCAUGGAGCACCAGCAGCAGACCUCCACCCAUACUGCUGGAUACGGAGUUUCAGGGACCACAGCAACCCUCUCAGGGUCAGAUUACGGAGUUUUGGGAAUGACAGAUUUAGGUGGACAAAUUCCUGACACCGUGGAGCUGCGUUUCUUCCAGAGCUGUCAGUCACGCUCAGCAGAAGCAGUGAGAGAAGUGACAGAGUUCGCUAAGAGUAUCCCAGGAUUCAUCAACCUGGAUCUCAAUGAUCAAGUAACAUUGCUGAAGUACGGAAUGAUUGAAGUCUUGAUUAUCAUGAUGUCACCCCUGAUGAACAAAGACGGCACCCUGAUCGCCUACGGACAGAUUUUUAUGACGCGGGAGUUCCUCAAGAGUCUCAGGAAACCUUUCUGUCAAAUGUUGGAACCAAAGUUUGAGUUCUCUGUCAAGUUUAACAUGCUGGAGCUGGAUGACAGUGACAUGGCGCUGUUUCUGGCUGUUAUUAUCCUCAGUGGGGACCGGCCUGGCCUGCUCAACGUGAAGCCUAUUGAACAACUUCAGGAGACGGUGCUUCAUUCACUGGAGCUGCAGCUGAAGCUAAACCACCCGGACUCCCUGCAGCUGUUUGCCAAGCUGCUCCAGAAGAUGACGGAUCUACGUCAGAUAGUCACUGAUCACGUCCACCUCAUCCAACUGCUGAAAAAGACAGAGGUGGACAUCUGCUUACACCCCCUGCUGCAGGAGAUCAUGAAGGACUUGUAUUAAAAUUCAGCAGGAGUGAAGGACAAGCAAAAAGAAAAAUAGAAGACAGUAAAGACAUGAAUUGAGAUUAAGUACAUUCAGAAGUGCUGCUUGUGUGUUGAUAAAAGGUGAUGUAGACAAGCAGGCUGAGUAACUGAAACUGAGAAGAGGAUGGGGAAGAACAGGAAAAGAGAAAUCAAUGAAAGAAAUACAGAAUCUGUUAGAUCUUGUCUAGACAGCGUGCAUGUGAAUAACAUGUGGUGCGCAGUCAUUUAGCCACUGCUGAGCCUAGAUAUUUUGUUAUGAGUUGUCUGCCAAGUUAAAUAUGAAACUUUCAGCUAUUGCACCGAGGAAGAAGAUCGUCAGUGACUAAGUGAAAGACGGGGGGUGUUUCAACACAGCAAACCUAGCGUGCCUUACAGGGAAAUAUAUUUUAAAUCACAUCUCAUGAAGUAUAACAUGAGUUGUUCAUGUGCAGCUUAUCAACAUGUUGCGUUACAGCCAUCAUAGGCACCAGCAGUGUGUGCAUGCAUCAAUAGCUCAGCAGAAUGCGCACAAAUCCAUGAAUGCUCACACAAGCAAUACUAUACAUAAACAGUUGUUUUCUAUUUUGGCAUCAAAGUGAAGGUGCUAUCUUAUUUUAAUCAGCUACAUCCAAAAACAGAAAUCUGAUUAGUACAGACCCAUACACCUCUGAGAAACUGGAGCCAGCAAAAGACACAUUACAGUGAUAUUGUUAGCUCGUUGUUGGCUAAUUAAAACAUAUUUGUCAUAUUGUGCCUGUAAAACCAGAUUUCUGUAGAGUAAAUGUUGUUUUAAAACCUUUUUAUAUAUAAUACAUAUGUCAUGUAUGGGGAGUGGUUGUCGUAGUGGUUGCAGAUGUGGGCUUGGGUCUAGAAAAACCCAGGUUUGAGUCCUUGGUGUGCCAACAGAGGUGAACCACUGUGGGCCUUGAGCAAGGCCCUUAACCCCUCCCAACUGCUCAGCAGGUGCAAAAAACUUGGCAGCCCACCUCUCUCUAGUACAUCUAGAGAUGGGUCAAAUGCAGAGUUGAAUUUCCUGAUCGGGAUUAAUAAAUUAAAAAUUGAAAUAAUUUAGUUAUAUAGUCCCUUGUUUGGUUUUUGUUUGUAUUAAAUCCUCAAAUACAUCAUGCUUUUGAGCCCUAGUUUUAUUUCAGAUUCUGCAAAUUGGUUGAUUUAUCAUUUUUACUGUGAACUUUUUUUUAUAUGUGGGAGCUGUGGAUUGAUACCACUGAGGAGAAAAAACAAGAAGAAAUUAGCUGUAAAUAAAAUAUUUUUUAACAUUUUA